UAUGGUUUGUCACUUUGUCCAUAACAAACACUCUGUUAGUCUGUUAUCUGUGAUAACAAAUGAGUUAAUUCCAUCGGGAAAAUAAGGGCUAGAACUAUGGAAAAACAUUUAAUUAGAAUAGUCUACAACGAUAAUCUUAAGGACCAUUUGAAGGACAAACCUAAACAAAGAGACAAAAAAAGCGAUUGUAUUAUAUUAUAUCCUACACCCAAUACUAGUUUUCUGACAAAAAUAUCUGACCUCGACUUAUCUAAUACCAAUUUGAUUGAUGUCAAAGUUAGUCUCAAAGAACUGCCUUUAAAAAAACUAAACCUUGCUGGAAAUCUGCUUACCCAAAUACCAAGAUGUUUUUAUUUGGGGUUAGAAUUGCUUGAAUUUCUAGAUAUAUCAAAUAAUAAUAUAACCAGUUUCGAAGUAGAGCCCAAUUGUUGUAAAACCUUAAAAGUAUUAAUUCUAUGUUCUAAUAAGUUGAAAGAUAUUCCACAGUGGAUUAUGAAUCAUCGUGCACUUGCAUUGAAAGCGCUGUAUUAUGAUUUCAAUAAAAUCACUUCAUUGAGAUGUAUAUUUGGAUCAAAUAUGAAUUUCUCUGUUUCAAAACUCAGCUUGAGAAACUGUAUACUGAGAGAUCAAGACUGUAAUUUCCUCAAAAAUUGCAGGUACUUAGAAGAAUUAGAUAUAGGUAAUGUCAGUGAUAAUGCAUCUCAUCUGAAUUUUAUCAAAACUAUAGAUAAAUUACUGUAUCAACCAAACUGGAAGAAUCUCAGUGUAUUAAAAAUGAAUUAUGCAUCGUUGUCCAUAUUCCCUGAAGGACUUACUUGGUUAGAGGGUCUGACCGAACUUCAUUUAACAAAUAAUAAUUUCACAUGGUUACCAACUGAUGGCUUAGAAUAUUUUGUGAAUUUAGAAGUUUUUAAUAUUUCACACAAUUUAAUUUCUGAAAUCCCAAAGAAACUAACUUGGUUGGAAUACAUGAAGGUUUUAAAUAUAAGUUACAAUAAAUUAGAAGUGCCAUGUGAUUUUUCAGGAAUGAAAAGUUUGGAAGUCUUGGAUUUAUACAACAAUAAACUUAAAUCUUUAGAUCAUGACUUAAUCUGUACAAAUUUAAAAUGUCUUGAUGUAGAACAAAAUUGUUUUGAUACAACGCAAUGGCAUUUUUUGGCAUAUGAAGAAAUGAGACAUAAACUGAGAUUAACACUUGUUCUAGAAAAUCGGGAGGAUGGAGUAUUGAAAUCAAAUGAUGCAAAUUAUCAAGAUAACUCUGAAGAAGAAUUAUCUGAAGAUUCAGAAGACUGGGAUAAAGAACUUGAACUUGAACAAAUAACACUAUCUGAUGACGAAUGGAAUGGUGAAGCUCCUUCUUUACCUCACAUUCCAAUAAAUUUUUAUGAGAAACCAAGUAUAUAUAAUGAUGACGUGAUUUUUUGUGAUGCUGAUUGAAUUUUAGAUCUGAUUUUAAAACUAUGAUUUUGAAAUAUAUUAAAUGUUACGUUUUCUUUA